AUGACUGGUUCAAGUGCAUCCGAUCAAGAUGGUUUAGGACUUGUCACUAUCCCAAGAGAUGAACCUGAGGCUUCAGAAGGAAGGGAUCCUAUUCCUUAUAAUGAACAUAUUGCUAACCUAAUGCAACAAAUGGCCAAUAUGCAAAGAGAGAUCGAUCGACUUCGAAACCUUACCAAUUUGUCCAUUAGCCUAAAUACACCACUUCCCGAACAUAGGGCAGAUGCAACUAUUCCACCUGUUGACUCUCCCUCGCCUCAAGACUUCCUUCCAAAUCCUUCCCCUUUCAAAACCAAUAUGACUGCUCCUAAACAACCCGUCAACCAACCACAAGUCAAUUUCGCAAACAUCAACUCACAACAAACCAAUCCACUACCUUUCACUACCCCUUAUGUUUCCCAAACUCCAGUCAUCCAAACUACACUUACCCAAGCUCCACUCACUGAAACUAACCCACUUACCCAAAAAGCCCCACUCACCCAAACCAACCCGCUCAUCCAAAAAUACCAAACGAUCCAACAUAUACCUGUGACACAUACUACAACUCCUAACAUGCAAUAUGUGCCACAAGUAUACGUAACAGAAGCUCAACCUUUCGUUGCUCCAAUACCAACCAUGCCAGAAGUCGAUCCAUAUGAUGAGAUGGAGAGAAAGGCCAGAUCAAAAGCAGAUGAAAGUGUAGCUAGGGAGAUUCAUAAUUUGAAAGAAGCGUUCAAAAGUAUCCAACUUCACAAGGAGUGCGAAGGGUUUGAGUAUGAGGAUUUAUGUGUUCAUCCUGAUGUCGAGUUGCCUGUAGGAUAUAAAGUACCAAAAUUUGAUGUGUUUGAUGGGAAAGGAAAUCCACGAGCUCAUUUAAGAUCGUAUUGUGACAAGCUAGUUGGAGUGGGGAAAGAUGAGGCCAUUAGAAUGAAAUUAUUCAUAAGGAGUUUGACAGGAGAAGCACUGGAUUGGUAUACAAGUCAAGAUCCGAAGAAAUGGCAUAGUUGGAGUAUCAUGGCACAGGAUUUCAUGGAUAGGUUCAAGUUCAACACUGAGGCCAUACCAGAUAGAUUCUAUUUGAUGAAAUUAGAAAAAAAGUCGACGGAGUCUUUUAGAGAAUAUGCCAUGAGAUGGAGAGCAGAUGCUGCAAAGGUUCAACCUCCGAUGACAGAAAGUGAGAUGACCUCCCUUUUUAUACAAUCUCAAAAAGAUGCAACGUAUUAUGAAAAGAUGAUAAGCGUGGUAGGACAAAAGUUCUUUGAAGUUGUAAGAAUGGGAGAAUUCAUUGAAGAAGGUAUUAAAACUGGGAGAAUCACUAAUUUGGAUGCCUUACAAGCAACAAGUAAAGCAAUUCAGUCAGAUUCAAUUGGAGGAGCUUUUAAGAAGAAGAAGGACGGAGUGUCCGCUGUCAUGACCAUCCAGGAACGUAGGCCAAACCAAAUGUUAACAUACCAAAACCCUUUACCCCAACCUUCAUACCAUAGUCAGUAUACCCAAGUCCCUCAACCAUAUUACCAGCCUUCUGUCGCCCCUUAUCCAGUUUACACUACUCAGCCAAUAUAUUAUCCAUCCAGAGCGCCUACUUAUCCAAAUACCUCACAAUACCGACCUACAUACCCACCUCAACCCCAUUAUCAAACACAAAUUCGCCCAUCAAAUCCACCAAGGCCCCGCCCAAACUUUGAAAGAAGACCACCCAAAACCUAUACACCUUUAGCCGAACCUUUAUCCCAACUAUAUGAAAGGUUGAGAACCGCAGGGAUACUCCAACCAAUCCAAGCACGAAUUCCCAACCCCCUUCCCGGAUGGUAUGAUGACACUAAGCAUUGUGUCUAUCACUCUGGAGCUGCUGGACAUGACACCGAAAACUGUCUUACUCUCAAGGACAAGAUUGAGGCAUUAAUCAAAGAAGGAGUUAUUCAACUCAGAGGUGCUGCCCCCAAUGUAAAUAACAAUCCUCUUCCAAAUCAUGAGAAUGUGAACAUGAUCACCAUUGAUGAAGAAUGCAAUUUGGAAGGGACUAUUUUGCCAAUCAAAGAAGAGAAGAAUGUUAUGGCAUCUGCCUUUAUUGCUCCCAUUAUCACAAUCCAGGCGCGAGCGCCAUUUGAAGUGGAAGUUUUGGUUCCUAAACCUAAGAUUACGGUUUUGGUUGCUCAAUCAACUCAUUUUGAUACUAAAGCAGUUCCCUGGAGUUACUCAACUGACACAAAGGACAAAGGGAAAGGAAAGGUAGUUGUAGAAGUUGCUGCUGCCGGAAUGACAAGAUCGGGGCGAUGUUACGCCCCUGAAGGUGUUGCACGAAUCGUACCGAAUAAGGAAGUUAACCAAAAGAAAGUUGUGACAGAAGCUGAAAUAGAGGAUUUUUGGAGGAAAAUGCCAACAAAAGAAUAUUCUGUUGUUGAACAGUUGAAGAAGACUCCCGCCCAAAUUUCCUUGAUGUCCUUAUUGAUGAGUUCUGAAACUCACAGGAGCGCUUUGGUGAAAGUUCUAAGUGAAGCUUAUGUUCCGGCCAAUAUCACAAGUGAGAAUCUUUCAGCUAUGGUAGGGCAGGUUUUGGAAGCAAACAAAGUCUGUUUUCACGAAGAGGAAUUACCAUCUGAAGUCAUUGGCGAAAUUGAUUUGCCACUGCAAAUUGGACCCGAGGAGUUCGUGGUAGAAUUCCAAGUAUUGGACAUACCUGCUAGUUACAAUUUAUUGCUUGGGAGGCCUUGGAUCCAUAUGGCUGGUGCGGUCCCUUCUACCCUGCACCAAAAUUUGAAAUUUGUUUGGAACCACCACGAGAUUAUUAUUCAUGGAGAAGGUAGUAAUUCUAUGUAUCCUGAGAAUUCAAUCCCUGUUGUUGAAAGUAUGGAAGAACUGGAUGGGUCUGUGUUCCAUACUAAAGAGAUUAUGUGUGUUCAUCAAACCGAAAGGGUAAAGUUACCACGUGUGCUUGUGAUGGUGGCUUGGGAAAUGUUGAAGAAUGGUUUCAUGCCUGGUCGAGGUCUUGGAGUGAACUUAGGUGGAAUAGUAAAACCAAUUCAAUUGUUGGGCCAGAAAUACACCUUUGGUUUGGGAUACAAGCCUACUCCUGAAGAAGUCUCAUUGGCCGAUCUCAAAAGGAAAAGUGACAUUUCAUUGCCCCAUCCCAUUCCGCACUUGAAUCAGUCAUUUUCCAAGGCAUAUAUUAUAAAAGAAUCAGAGGAAGACGCUGAAAACACCCUCGUGGAAGGACUCAAAAACUUAUUUAUAGAAGAAGCGGAAUGCAACAUGAUCUUGGAGGAUUGUACCGAGAUUCCGACCAUAUGGGAUGUGGAGCCUGGAGAUGCUUUGAACAAUUGGACUUAUAACCCAUCCCCGUUUCCUCGAAAAUCUUGCGAGCAAAUUAAUGAAUCUGCCAAUACCGAGAAUGUGCAACCUGAAGAGUUGACUGAAGAUUUUGAACAUUUUGAGAAUAAAAUAAAGCCAAAUUUGGAUGAAACUGAGACGGUAAAUUUGGGAGAUUCAGAACUAAUGAAAGAAACAAGAAUUAGCAUCCAUUUGACUCCGUCUCAAAGAAAGGAACUUAUUGAUCUUUUGGGACAAUAUAUGGAUGUAUUUGCAUGGUCUUAUGAUGAUAUGCCGGGUCUAAGCACAAACAUUGUUUCACAUAAGUUGCCAACUGAUCCAUCUUGUCCCCCAGUCAAGCAAAAGCCAAGGAAGAUCAAGCCUGAUCUGAGUUUAAAAGUUAAGGAAGAAGUUUCUAAGCAAAUCGACGCCAACGUCAUCCGAGUCACAAAGUAUCCUACAUGGUUAGCUAAUAUAGUGCCAGUGCCAAAGAAAGAUGGAAAAAUCAGAGUAUGUGUAGACUAUCGAGACCUCAACAAGGCCAGUCCGAAAGAUGAUUUUCCACUUCCAAACAUUCACAUACUUAUUGAUAAUUGUGCAAAGCAUGAGUUGCAGUCAUUUGUUGAUUGCUUUGCAGGCUACCAUCAGAUUCUAAUGGAUGAAGAAGACGCUGAUAAAAUGGCAUUCAUCACACCUUGGGGAGUGUAUUGUUAUCGAGUAAUGCCUUUCGGACUCAAAAAUGCAGGAGCAACAUACAUGAGAGCUAUGACUACCAUUUUUCAUGACAUGAUCCAUAAGGAGAUUGAAGUCUAUGUAGAUGAUGUCAUUAUCAAGUCACAAAAGAGCUCCAAUCACCUCACAGAUUUAAAGAAGUUCUUUGAUAGGUUGAGGCGGUAUAAUCUGAAAUUAAAUCCUGCAAAGUGUGCAUUUGGUGUCCCUGCUGGAAAGUUGUUGGGUUUCAUUGUGAGUAGGAAGGGCAUAGAAUUGGAUCCUUCAAAAAUAAAGGCUAUUCAAGACUUGCCCCCUCCAAAGAGUCGAAAGGAUGUAAUGAGUUUUCUUGGUCGACUAAAUUACAUUAGUCGAUUCAUUGCACAGUCGACUAUAAUUUGUGAACCAAUCUUCAAGUUGUUGAGGAAAGACGCUGCCAUUAAAUGGACUGAAGAUUGUCAACAAGCUUUUGACAGAAUCAAGGAGUACUUAUCUAGUCCGCCCGUCUUGGUGCCUCCAAAACCGGGGAGACCAUUGCUACUAUAUAUGUCAGUAUCGGACAAUGCAUUUGGAUGUGUGUUAGGACAACAUGAUGAAACUGGGAGGAAAGAACAGGCUAUAUACUACUUGAGCAAGAAAUUCACGCCUUAUGAAGCCCGGUAUACUUUAUUGGAACGCACUUGUUGUGCCUUGACUUGGGUUGCACAAAAGUUAAGACAUUACUUAUGCGCGUAUACCACUUUUCUCAUCUCAAGGAUGGAUCCACUCAAAUACAUAUUUCAGAAGCCUAUGCCAACGGGGAAGUUGGCAAAAUGGCAAAUUUUACUAAGUGAAUUCGAUAUUAUUUAUGUCACUCAGAAGGCCAUCAAGGGACAAGCGCUUGCUGAUCAUCUUGCUGAAAACCCUGUGGAUGAAGAGUACGAGCCUCUUAAAACUUAUUUCCCUGAUGAAGAGGUGUUAUUUAUUGGAGAGGAUAUUUUAGAAGAAUAUCAUGGGUGGAGGAUGUUCUUUGAUGCGAAAUUCAAGUUUCUAUGCACUAACAAUAUGGCGGAGUAUGAAGCUUGUAUUCUUGGACUUAGAAUGGCUGUUGAUAUGAAUAUACAAGAAUUGUUGGUUAUAGGUGACUCAGACUUAUUGAUUCACCAGGUACAAGGCGAAUGGAGCACCAAGAAUGUGAAGAUACUCCCCUAUUUGCAAUGUGUGAAGGAAAUAUGCAAGAAAUUUAUCAAGAUAGAGUUCAGGCAUAUUCCUAGAGCUCAAAAUGAAUUCGCAGAUGCCUUGGCAACCAUGUCCUCUAUGAUUCAACAUCCAGACAAGAAUUAUAUAGAUCCAAUCAAAAUCAAUGUGCAGGAUCAACCAGCCUAUUGUUUCCAUGUGGAUGAAGAAAUAGAUGGAGAACCAUGGUACUAUGAUAUUGUGAGGUAUCUCAAAGAAGGAGAUUAUCCAGAAGGCAUAAGCAAUAUUCAAAAGAGAACACUACGGAGGCUUGCAAAUCACUUUUUCUUAAGUGGAGAAAUCCUUUAUAGGAGGACUCCAGAUUUAGGUUUAUUAAGGUGUGUCGACUCCCAAGAGGCGAGCAAGUUGAUUGAAGAAAUACAUGGGGGUACUUGCGGGCCACACAUGAAUGGUUUUACUUUGGCAAAGAAGAUUGUGCGGGCCGGAUAUUUCUGGAUGACUAUGGAAACAGACUGCAUUCGCUUUGUGAGGAAAUCUUGGGGCAUGGAUGUCAUCGGUCCUAUCGAACCAGCCGCAUCAAAUGGACACAGGUUCAUUUUGGUAGCUAUCGAUUACUUCACAAAAUGGGUAGAAGCAUCCUCACAUAAGUCUGUGACAAAAAAAGUGGUGACAGAUUUUGUUCGCAAUAACAUAGUUUGUAGAUUUGGCAUCCCCCAUUCGAUUAUAACAGAUAAUGGAGCUAACCUCAAUAGCGGUUUGAUGCAUGAGAUAUGUGAUAAGUUCAAAAUCAUUCACCGCAAUUCUACUCCUUACCGACCACAGAUGAAUGGAGCAGUUGAGGCUGCCAACAAGAAUAUCAAAAGACUUUUGGUUUAUGGAACAGAAGCAGUAUUACCAAUGGAAGUUGAGAUACCAUCCCUGAGGAUAAUCCAAGAAGCUGAGUUGAGUGAUGCCAAAUGGAUACAAAGCCGAUAUGAACAAUUGAUGCUCAUUGAUGAAAAAAGAAUGAAUGCAGUUUGUCACGGACAACUUUAUCAACAUAGGAUGGCCAAAGCUUUCAAUAAAAAGGUAAGACUGAGACAGUUCAGGCCUGGACAAUUGGUGUUAAAACGGAUAUUCCCGCACCAAGAAGAAGCUAAGGGGAAGUUUGCGCCUAAUUGGCAUGGGCCUUAUGUGGUUCACAGAGUGUUGACUGGAGGAGCGGUGAUUCUAGCAGAAAUGGACGGAAAGAUAUGGCCGAAAGCCAUCAAUUCAGAUGCGAUUAAGAAAUACUAUGUCUAG